AUGUUGACCAACGAAACAGAAGAGUUCUUCCCCCCUCCGUUCACUUCACAUGAAGCGUUUUUGGUCUACAUAAAAGUUCGUGAUGGACAGACAACAGCCGUCCCGUACAUCUGUGGAAUCGGAUUCGUGACAAACCUGGUAUCGUUGAUUGUAUUCGUACAACCUAACCUCAGACGAUCCUCAUGUGGCGUCUACCUGGCGUCUAAAUCCGUGUCUGACCUAGUUUUUCUGCUGACUGUGUUGAUCGUCUGGUUGACCCGAGUGGACAUCAAGAUAUUUUUCACUUCCGGUGUGUGCCAGACUGUCAUCUUCUGCUCCUACUUAUCCUCCUUCGUGUCUAUCUGGCUGGCUGUCGUGCUGACUGUUGAAAACCUGCUCUGUGUCGUCAAACCCUGGUUCGUCAAAAGAUCAUGUAACGCCAUUUCCGCUUUGGUCCUCACCGCAUCCAUACUUAUAUUUGGAAUCGGGAUUUACCAAUUUUCUAUAUGGAACAACGGAAUCGGGAAUUUUUACGAAAAACCGCAAGAAACAGCGACAUCUAUGAAAGCCACGGAAGGAAAUUUGUCUCAGGUUUUUGAUCAACAUUCUCUUCAAAGCGACAAAUUCUCGACCAUUAACCAAACACUUUUCUUAAACACUGAGUUUGAUAUAUCUAACUUUACCAAUACAACCAACACCACAGAGGAGCUUUAUCAAGCGAUAUGUACCCAUUUUGAAAUCUACGCUGAUAUUAUUCUAACUAUGACAUACAUUGAUACGUUAAUAACCAUUGUUGUCCCUAUUGUUAUUCUUGCUGUAACUAACGCCGCCAUCGCCAUCAUCGCCUGCCGCACCUCCAGAAGAACGAGAGCACGCACCAGAGCGUCCACCAGCACACAGGGAUCAACUGGUGCUCCAUUGGUCAAGUCCCGUUCAUCGGCCGCAGCCAUGGAAACUAAAGCUUGUAAAUUUUUGUUUAUGGUAUCCAUGACGAUCCUCAUUUUCCACACACCAAGUCACGUGAUACGACUGACGACGCUCUUCUCCUUUGGAUGGCUGGAGGUCGUCCUUCAGAGACUCUUCGAGACGUUGCUCUACCUUCAUUACGUCAUCAACUUUUUUGUUUACAUUAUCUUUGGCGAUAACUUCAGACAGGUUUUUAUCUCACUUUGUAAGGGUAAAAUAAGGUAA